GCCGUACUUUGUCAUACGCAUGCGUGUGGCGGUUGCAUUAACUAGUAGCUCUCAGAGGAAUAAUUUUAAAAGAUGUCAGAGAAAGGAGAAGUGGAUUUAACUGGUGCCAAGCAGAACACGGGUGUGUGGCUUGUAAAGGUGCCCAAAUACCUCUCUCAGCAAUGGGCAAAAGCGACGGGCAGAGGGGAAGUCGGGAAACUCCGAAUCUGCAAGAAAGGAAACCAAGGAAAAGCAGAGGUGAGUUUCACGUUGAAUGAGGAGCUGACUGUGAUUGAGGGUAUAGAGGACAAGACGGUGUCUGCACCUCGUGAGCACCCGUUCACCAUGCAGUCAGUGGGAGGUCAGAUGUUGGCAGUCUUCACAGAGACUUCAUCAGGCCAGUCAGAAGAGAGAUCUGAUGGCAGCAGCUCAGGUUCGGGGGCGGGGGCAGGUCCAGAUAAAAUAGCUUUGGAGGGAGUGGUAGUGCAGAGAGCAGAGUGCAGACCUGCUGUUAACGAAAACUAUAUGAGGCUGAAGAGGUUACAAAUAGAAGAGUCCUCCAAGCCUGCCAGGCUGUCACAACAGUUGGACAAAGCUGUCACCAACAACUACAAACCCGUGGCUAACCAUGCCUACAAUCUUGAGUAUGAGCGGAAAAAGAAGGAGGAGGGCAAGAGAGCAAGAGCUGACAAGCAGCAGGUGUUGGACAUGCUGUUUUCUGCUUUUGAGAAGCACCAGUACUACAACAUCAAAGACCUGGUGGAUAUCACCAAACAGCCUGUGAGCUACUUGAAGGAAAUCUUGCGAGAUAUCGGCAUCUACAAUGUGAAGGGAACGCACAAGAACACCUGGGAGCUCAAGCCAGAGUACCGACAUUACCAAGGCGAGGAAAAGACUGACGAAUAGUUUUUAACCCUCCCCAAGGUCGAUGUACCAUCUCUUCAUUUGAUGUGGGGGUCCCUCCCAGACUAGGCCUUGCUUUGGUCUUGGAGCUGAUUUCCUUACAUCAGGUCUUAAAAACAGACCGGAUGAUGAAGUCAAGCAAAGGCUAAGUUUUACAAGGAGAGGUUGUUGUAUCUCCUUGUUAUUUUGUAGGGAGACAAGAAGGGGCGAUAAAAAAUAACUUGAGGUCUUACGCUCAAGUGUGCACUGUGUUUCUCUGAUGUGGUUUCAUGUGGUCAUAGCUCCAGCAAACCCUCAACGUAAAAGUCUCAAGUAUUUGAAUUAGUUGUUCUGGCUAUGAAAAGCAUAAGACUUAGUAUUUUAUAAAACAAAAGAUGCAUUUGUGAACUUGUGUUCUUUGCAUUGAAUUAUUAUUUUUUUAAAUGUUUUGACACAAGUAUAUCCAGUGGCAAGGGGUUUAAUGUUUAAAGGAUAAAUCUAAAGAGGAGGAAGAAUGUGACACAGGUAAUGGCUCUCACUACUGGACUGAUAUGUGCUGAGGGGGUUUCUUUUUCUAGACACUGUAUUUUUUUUUUUUUUUUUUAAAUUACCAUUUGUGUUUGUUUUUAAUAUAACCUAACAGGUUUCCCCACCAUAACUUGGAAGACAAAAAUUCAGCUUGUAUUGACAAAUUUUUUAAAGAACAGAACCAUUGCUAUAAUGUUACAUAUGUGCUUCUGAUGUCCCCACAUUACCCCCAUGUUCACUGUUAAUUUUUUUUUUAUAGUGUUUUACAUUUGAUUGACUUGCAAUAAAAGUUUCAACAGACAA